CAUAAAACCAGAGUUUGAGGAACAAGCUGCCAAGAAAGCGCUGUCCACUGUGAUAAAGGCCCACGCUGACACAAAACGUUUUUUCGACUCGCUUGGUGGAACCGGGAGAACAGUGGUGUCGGGACCUUUAGGAUCCCACCUUCGCGUUCCCAGACAUGGCUGGGCUCGACGGACUCAGGGUACUGCUGCUGCUGGCUGGGCUGGUCGCCAUGGCAAACUGUCAGGUGAAUGCCACUGUCUCACCCUCACGCACUGCAGUCCCAACCUCAAGCACUGCAGUCCCAACCUCAAGCAAUGCAACCUCACCCUCAAGCAAUGCAACCUCACCCUCAAGCACUGCAGUCUUACCCGCAAGCACUGCAGUCUUACCCGCAAGCACUGCAUCCUCACCCUCAAGCAAUGCAUCCUCACCCUCAACCAAUUCAUCCUCACCCUCAACCAAUUCAUCCUCACCCUCAAGCAAUGCAUCCUCACCCUCAACCAAUUCAUCCUCACCCGCAAGCACUGCAUCCUCACCCUUGAAAACUUCAACUCCAAACCCAAGCAGUCUUCCCCAGACCGCUGCCACACAAACCAGUGUUCCCACAGCCACCACAGGUCCUCCACCCCCCCUGUGUAAUUACAGUGGGGAAGCAGAUAAGACUGGCUUUCUGUUGACCUUUGAAAACGUCACUGAGGGCAACUACAGCAUCGAGCUCACUAAACGAAGCACCAAUGAAUCGAACAAAGUGACCGUGGCCCUGAGUGGCACAAACCAAACCCAUCUUCUACAAUACCUAAAGCCUUCGACUAAUUACACAGUUCACAUUAGUCCAAGCAAACAUCUAACAGUAACGUGUGGUAGGAAUCUGGAACUGAAAACCAAUGGCAUCAAUCAGGAUGAAAUUGUAGAACUUCCAACCGAUUCCUACCAAGAUAUUUGUUACGAGACUGAAUGGAAUAUCUGGAAUACCGUGUUUAAUGUGUCAAGCAAAAAGUAUAAAUUCUGCAUCAAACCGAAGUACACAGACCUUUGUACAAAUUUGACAACCCCAUUGAACAGUUAUCCCCCAUUGAACUUCACCAAAUGGAUCAGUUUAGAAUACUUGAAUCCGGACAACAUUAAACUUGAAGUUCCCAAUAAACUUCCAGCAGAAAUCAACUGGAAGAAUCAAAUGGAUUUAAAAUGUGAAGGUCUUGGAAUUAAUUUCACCUGCGAAGGCCCUGAUAAAAAGAAAUACAAGCUGGAUAAGCUAGAGCCUUACACGAAAUACACAUGCACUGGUGUACUGUAUAACCUGCAUAACAAAACCAUUGCCAUUGAAAAGAGAGUCACCAAAGAAGUCAACAUCACUUGUGAUCUAGAACUGAAGGUGAGGGAUACACCUAGCAAAGAAAGUGUAAAGUUUAAAUGGAAUGCAAGCAGCAAACACUGUCCAAAUCUCUCACAGCCUUACGACCUCUCGUACAGUUGUAACUGUGUUCGGAAAGGCCAGGCUCGUAACAGUAAGGCCAUCGAUGCUCGCCCCUCAAAGGCGCGUUCUUGUGAAGUGACUGGUUUGCUGCCCUUCACUGAGUAUAAUUGCGAAAUUCAACCUAAUUUCAACGGUACACCCAUUGGCACGGCAACCAAUAAACAGAGCAAAACCAGCGCUGGAGUGCCCCAAGACGUUACAAUUAAACUAACAACUCAGGUGGAGAACAAUGCCUUCAAGGUGGAAUGCACUGAUUUAAAAAAGGAGGAUUGGAAAGGUCCAAAAAUAUUCUACCACGCCACAAUCACUGGAUCUGAAGAAAAAAAAACCAACGAAAAAUGUUUUUUCCAAUUCGGUGAUCUGAGCUACUCCACGGGGUACACGGUAUCGAUCGUCGCCUUCAAUGGAGUGAAUUCCGGGAAAGCGUUGAUAGUCCAACUUCAGACCAGCUAUCCUACGGCGGGGGUUCUGCUGCGUGUCCUGGUGCUGCUGGGCUUCUCCGUCCUGACCCUGGUGGUUGUGCUCCACCUCAUUGACUGGUGGAGAACCAGAGGUAACAAGACGGCAACAGAAGAGUGCAUUGGUCUGAACUCUACCAGUGACGCCCCGUCAGCCAGAGAACACCUCGGCCCAGGGGCCAGUGACGAGCAGCUGCACACUGUGGAUAUAGACAUGGACCAGCCUCCCAGGGGCCCCACUGUGGUCCAGCGUGGUGCGCAGAGGGCCGUAGGCUCAGCACAGGACCAAGCGGAUCCUGGUGAAAUUAGCGAUGAUGAGGCUACCUAUGAAAACCUGGAGGACCCUCCCAGAUGUGUUGAGGACACUGCAGACGCAGGCGUCCAUUGUGUCACCGUCCACCAACUGUCAAAAUGACAAACGUCUGGACAACACGUGAUGAAGCAGGGGGAAGUUGUCGGAGCUAACUUGUUGUGGCUGUGUUCAGAUGCAUUAUAACCGACUGAACAAACUUUGUUUCCCUUGGUCCUUAAAAAAGCAGUUAGACCUACAAAACAAGCAGUAGAUCUACACUCGGUAGUCCUUAACACCAAUUAGGCUGUACAUAAAUUACUAGGGGUGGGAAAAAUAAUCGAUUCUUCGAUGCAUCGCGAUUCUCGCUAGAACGAUUCUGUCUCGAUGCAGAUAAAUUAAUAUUUUUUUUUUUGCCUGCUACAACAAUCAGUUCGCCAGAGAGGGAUAAUUUUUGUAAUUUAAAAAUUAUUGAAUUUAUCUUCAGUGUGUAUUGGCCCAUGUGAUUUGUCUUAACACGAUUGUGAUUCAGCCUACGCAUAGCAUGCGCGCAAACUCACAGUCAUCAUUAUUGGUCGUCAAAUUUUGGUCCACUGAAGGGGUUGUUUUGUAACGCCAGGUAACGGCUUUUUCUACCGAACGUCUAAUGUUGACAUCCGUGGGACCUCUGUGUAAGGGCUGGUAGGCUAGGGGAACUCAUAUUAAUGUUAGAAAACCUCAGAAAGUGAUAUUUUCAUGCCAUUAUAGCUUUACUAUACUAUUUUGCAAUUAAACAAUGUGUGCAAACAAACAGAAAAGUUUCCUUUUUUUUUAAAUUAUUAUUAUUUUAAAUAACUUAAAUACAUAUAUAAAGGGGAAGGUUUCCAAGUUGUAAGCAAUGGCCUUCUGAUGCUUUUCAGUAAGUGAUUUAGUUAUGUUUUUGGAAUUUCAAAAAAUAUUUCUUAAACAUAUUUCCUUGAAAAGUGGUGUAAACCACUUUUCAUGUUGUGCAAGUGUAAACAAUAAUAAUGUAACCAAUAAUAAUGACUAUUACUUAGCCCUUCUUGGAACAUGGAUCCUUGAGGGAAGGGAACCGAAUCAAUAGACCAUGUGCAUAAUCUUCUCUGAUUGCUUUAGUGGGGAGGUGCCUGAGAGGAGAUAUUAAAUUAGUACAUUAGUACAUUUAUGCAAUGGCAAAUUAGCACAUUUAUGCAUGGCCAGUUUGUGUUAAGUGUUAAGAAACCUGCUAGGCAGACGCAGCAUCACGUGUAUCCUCGUUUCGAUGUCUCUUGCUAUAGACCUAGUCUAGGAUGACAGAUAAUGCACUUGAGCUGAAGGCAUUAACUUCUGUCCCUGUUGCAUCCUUGUAUGUAACUUUAGCAUACUUUUUAGAUU